AUGAGUCCAAAUUUCACCAGAUCAAUGAUUAGAAUACUACGCAGGUUUGCGAGUACUGGCAAAAAUACUUCUAUAUUGCGUAGAGCACAAAUAGAUAUCAAUGAUAUUGUUAAUAGACCAGUGGAAUACAAGAGAUCCAUUGAAAGAAGAUUGUUAUCAUCAAAAUUAAUUCAGAAUGUCGAUUUCAUAGUAUCGAAUCGUAAGAUUCAAAUUGAAUUGUACAAUCAAAUGAAUAACUUAAAAAGAGAAAGGAAUGAAAUUUCAGAGUCUUUGAAACGAGGCACAGGAGAUUUAGCCAUGGUCAAACAGAGAUUGGAAGAGAUAAAAUCGGAGUUGAAACCAUUAGAAAAGAAAUGGAAGGAACUAGAUGAGGAAAUCUACAUCAAGGCUGAAGCUUUACCGAAUCAUGUUUCUCAAAAUGCACCAGAAGAUCCAUUGAAAGAGUCAAUUGACCAAUUUAUUAACUGCAAAUCUGUAAAUGACCCCAAACUUACUCCUGAAUCUUCAAAAUAUGAUCACAAAACAAUUGGGGAAGAAUUGAAAAUUAUUGAUUUUCAAAAAGCGUCAAACGUAUCAGGACCUUCCUGGUAUUAUUUAAUUGGGGAUGGAGCUUUAUUGGAACAAGCAUUAGUUCAGUAUGCUCUUUCCAAAGCAAGAAAACAUGGUUAUACCAUGGUUAUUCCACCAUCUAUUGUUCGAUCAGAGAUUGUUAAUGCAUGUGGAUUCAAACCAAACGAUCAGAAUAACGAGAAGCAAAUUUAUGAGCUAGAAGAUGAAAAGAAAUCAUUAACUGGAACGGCUGAAAUUCCAUUGGCCGCUUUUCAUGCAUCAACUAUAUUUUCAGAAGAUGCCAGUUUUCCAAAGAAAUAUGUCGGUGUUUCUCGAUCAUAUCGUGCCGAAGCAGGUGCCAGUGGAAGAGACACAAAGGGAUUAUACAGAGUCCAUGAAUUCACCAAAGUUGAAUUGUUUCAUUUCACCACCCCUGAAAGAUCAAGUGAAGAAUUACAACAACUUAAACAGAUGCAAGUGGAAAUCAUUACGGAAUUGGGUCUUGCAGCAAAAGUUCUCAAUAUGCCAACUUCAGAUUUAGGUUCCCCAGCAAUGCAAAAAUAUGACAUUGAAGCAUGGAUGCCAGGUAGAGGUUCAUGGGGAGAACUUACAAGUUGUUCAAAUUGUGGAGACUAUCAAGCGAGAAGAUUGGGGAUUCGUUAUAAGAUUCCAGGUGAAACAGGUUCAAAGCAUGUAUCAACCCUUAAUGGUACUGCCAUGGCUGUUCCUAGAGUUAUAGUAGCAUUAAUUGAACAGAAUUAUAAUCCUGAUACCAAAGAAAUUGCAAUUCCAAAAGUACUACAACCAUAUAUGGAUGGUAAGGACAAGAUCAUUCAAAAUUAG